CACAGGUCAGUUCCGGACUAGGAGUAAGUGACGAACUACAUCGUACUGCCCAGGAUUUAAGACCGUGUCUCUGCCUGAUGGCAAGCUCUAAUGGCCAUCGGUCUGUUCAAUGCUGUAGAACUGGAGAAUUCUUUACGACCUACAACAAAGAAUUGCCUCAAUUACCUCACACCCCAUCCAUCACUUCCACCUACAAUAUCCUGCUCCUCGGUCAGACGCAAGCAGGCAAAAGCACCUUCCUUCAGGCCGUUAGGCGCUAUGCCAAUCCGAACUGCGAGGUCGACUUUGGGUCCAUUGGGAGCGGCAACAGCUCUCAUACGACAGAUGUGCGCACUGCGACAGUUGAAACCAACUUUCCAGAGUAUCGACUCUUCGAUACGUCCGCCCCUAACCGACUCAACCCAAUGCAAUACAUGCAUGUGCCUUUUCAGUCCCAGGACGGACCAGUCGAGAAGGAAGUGACAUUCACAGAUCUCUUUAGCGGCCCAACUCUCCCGAUGCACAGGCGUAGGCUCAAUCGCGAAGAUUAUAGCCUUAACCCAGAGAGGCACUCUUAUUUCCAUAAUAGCAACGUUCGCAUCUUUGACACACCUGGCCUCAAUGAUACCAAUGGCCAUGACGAGAGGAACGUCACCAAAAUCCUUUCCGCUCUUUCCGGUGCUGGGGCUGUCCAUUUAAUUCUCAUCAUGAUCGCUGGAGGUCCACUCACGCCUGAACUCCAGUCGUCAUUGAAGACUUAUUCCAGGAUCUUUUCGGCUAUGGGGGGUCUUCUCGUGUUCGUUCACACCAACAUGAGGUUCGAUGACCAGCACCCCAACAACCCCAGGCUUACAGCAUUCAUCAACGAGAGAAGGAGCUCCCUGAGGGACAUCAUGGGCCGCGAUAUCCCUCAUUUUUUCAUCGAUUGCGACCUCGACGAGGACCGACCCGCUCACUUGUAUUGCAGACAACGCAUCAUACGUCACCUCCUCCUAAUUGCAAGAAUGAACGAACCCGUCCCUCUGAGCAACAUGCAACUGUACAAGACGCAAAAGAUGAUUGAGGUGGACGAACUCAUUGCUAAGGAAUAUCGAGCAAAGCAGGCUGCAGUAGAGAAGGAAAUGUCGCAGGCCGACAAGAGGGUUCGCGAAAUCGACAUCAGGGUCAAUAUUACUCGAUACAACAUCCGGGAGGUAGAGGAGAUCAUUCGCAAUUACAACACCGAGAAUCUUGAACUAAUUCACGAGGAUCGAUUUGAUGAGGAUUGGAGACUCUUCUCCUUUCGACAAGAAGCGGAGCUCACGGCUGCUAAUCUCGAGUAUACUAUCGACGUGGUUCAUGUGGACGAGUUUGGCAUCGAGACCAAGGGGACCGAAGGAGGUGUAGGGCACAGAAACUGGAGCGUGCGACUGAUCAGACAGUCCUUCAAGUACGGCACUUACCACGUCAAGCUGUAUAUCAAGCGCUGCAACAAAUAUGCCCAAGAAAUUAAAAACUGGAAGAGAACGUUGGAAAGCCAGAGGACGGUUUUGGAGUCUGAACUGCAGGAGCGCAAUAGCCUGGUCAGUACGGAUGGAGGAGAGAGUGGCGUCAGGACUCAGAGACAGCAGCUUAUGGAGAAGCACAACCAGUGCCUAGACAUGAUCGCCCGUGCAUCUCGUUCUACUCUACAUCUGGACCUUUUCAAGGCGCUUGGGGAAGCUGGGGUCUAUGAGGGUCGACUGGUGGAUUGCAUGCAAAAGGCCACGGAGUUUUAUUCGAACUAUGUUCCUGGCGAAGGCGAAGAAGUGUCACUAAUGGCCAUUUGAUAUUUAGUUGCCGGCACCCUGGGCUAAACGACUGGCUGAAGAUCUGAGCUUGAGGCCAGCAAAAUUUGCAUUCUAUAGUCGAAAAUACAUUCAUUCCGAUGUUCCUUUACGUAUCCACCUCACGACAAUCUCAGUUUCGGCCCUUUAAACAGCCUUCACCCCCUAAAAGUGUUACUCAGCGUUGCGUAAUAAAUGCUAGUCAGUGGCUCGCGAUUGCAAAGUUGCGGUACAAGGUAAAGAUGUGAGUGAGAGUAAAAGAAUGCACACU